AUGGAUGAAGCUAUGGUCAGCAAGCUGCAAGAAGGUGUAAAAGUGAAUGUCGUCGACUUUAUAGAAGCCGAUGAAUACACAGUUACCCUCAAGUGUUUGAUCAUCGACAAUAACCCUAGAUACGUUUUCGGGGAAGGUUGGAGUACCAUGAAGUGGUCGCUAGAUCUAAAAGAAGGCCAACAACUGAAGCUUUAUUGGGAUGUUGAAGAUAAGAAGUUCUUUAUUCUCAAUUUCUGUUAUCAGACAAUUCCUCUUAUGAUUCCCGUGUAG